AUGCUCAAAACCAAUAAUUCCGAGAUAUUGACCAAUACAACCGAUAAAAAUCUAUUAGUUUUUCCGAAUAUCAACAAUAAUUUAAUCUACUAUUUUGUUCCUAUUUAUACAAUCUUAUUUCUCAUCGGUACAUUCGGUAACGGCCUUGUUAUCAUCAGUAUCAUCCGUUCCUCACGGCUCCGGACGGUGACAAAUACUUAUCUACUCAACAUAGCAGUCGCUGAUUUCGUUCUUCUACUCAGCGUCCCGUUUCUCAUCGUGACAAUUCUCGCUGAGGGUUGGAUUUUCGGAAAUGUCUUAUGCAAAAUGUAUUAUAAUUUCAUCCAUAUUAACCAAUAUGUCAGUUCGUUACUACUGGCAGCGCUAUCGUUCGAUCGAUACCUUGCUGUCUGUCAUCCUAUUCGCGCAAUUGAAUUUCGAACACGAACAAAAUGCGUAUUGAUCAUUGCGGGAUGUUGGCUCAUCUCCGUUUUCUUUCUGGGUCCGACAUGGGUCUUCGCAACAGUGACAUCCGAACGGUUCGUCUUCUGGCUCGGCUAUCGCGUCCAAAAAUGUGUCAUUGAUUUUCCCUCGAUUAUCUUUACAAUUCCGCCUGAAAUCGUUUUCACUUACUACGCAUUUUUCCUCGGAUUUCUCUUUCCGGUUUCAAUGAUCACAACAUUUUAUAUUCUUGUCCUUGUACGACUCAAUCGCAUCCGACGGAAGCACAAAUCCGAGCUCAAACAACGUUCACAUCGAAAAGUAACACGAAUCGUUCUCGCCGUCAUCACGGCUUAUUUUAUCUGCUGGGUACCUUACUGGUUUCUCCAGAUCUUUAUCACCAUCGAUCCGCUGAUCGAUUCUCUACGGUUAAACUUUUCAAUUUUACCUGCCAACACCAGUAUGCGAUUCCUUCGUGAAUUAACUCAUCUAACAACCAUUAUUGGUUAUGCAAACAAUUGCCUUAACCCGGUUUUAUACGUUUUCCUUUCGGAAUCCUUUCGUGAAGAAUACUUGAUUGUCUUAAAAUGUUUCCAUCCUUGUGGAUUCUUCACAGACAGUGAUUCCAAUGAUGACAAUAUCAUUCAGAAUUCUUAUGAACGCGACUUAGGUGAUCGCUCGUCGGGAGCAAUCGUCGAACGGCGAGAGAAAUCCAUGAAGAAGAUCAAACAUAGCGUGGCCAUCGAUGAAAUUCCUUCGAAUUUUCAAUCACUUUCUUUAUGUUUCCAUCGUAACAAUGACCGGAAGAGUCGUUCAUCGUCGACGAGCUUCCUUCCAAAAGAACACGAUGAACAUUUAUGUAUGCCCCAUCGUAAAGUGUCAGUGACAUCUCGCCGUAUAAAAACGGAACAAAAGAAACAAUUAAUGAUGGUCAAAUUGACCCUAAAUCCAAGAUUAUCAUCGCCAAGGAUUCUUGAUGACGGCGGAGUUUACUGUGGUGAAGACACAUACACCAAACAGUUGCCAGUAAAUUGA